AUGUAUGCCUUUGUCGAAAGCGAGCAUUUUGCGCCAUUGCGCAAGCUGUUCAGCUUGUUCAAGGAUAUGAUGGGUAGACACUAUGAAGUCAAAACGUUCGUCGUGGACAAGAUGACUUUGCAGAUGCGGGCUGCCAAAGCUGUAUUCGGCUGCGACAUAAUGUUGUGCUAUUUUCACGCACGGCAAGUCAUCCGGAAGCACUGCCAAGGUACGCCAGCGGAUUUCUGCCAAGGUCACUUUCCCCCAGUGGAUCAGCUCGUCACAAUCUAUACGUCACACCCGUUAGACCAGGUACUUUAUAUGUCAAAGGAUCGAUUUCCUCGCAUAGCCCCGUUCAUAUCGCCAAGUGUCGGCUGGAGACGAUCCGGGUACGGUGGAUCCAUGCAAUAUGAAAAAGAUCGUUCAGCUGUAACACCAUUUCGGUGCCUAGCUGCGCAGCAUGGCGCCAUGCUACCUGAAGGAAGCAUGAAAGCUCCUACCAGUCAACUCGAUGGUGUCAGUAAUUUCCGUCUGGCUGAAUGGGGACGCCGGUGCAAGGCUAAUAUAAAUGACCCUGAGAAAUGCGACUGUAUCGCGCAUUCAAUAGUGAUCCUGCGUCACAGCGAUCGCUUCUACCUUUUGCUGUCUUCCCCAGAAUACCAAAUAUCACGGAAUAUGGGAAUUUAUUUGAGCCUUCCGAAAGAACCGAACACCGAGAAAAUUAUCCAACAGGCACUGGCAGGCGGCAGGAAGAUUUUCGUUCCUCAGCUGCUAUCGCAAGAGUACCAGAGUGUAAACAACCUUCAAGGUAACGCAUCCGCAUUGCUCUACACUGAAUUUGAAUUUGGCCUGCAUCGCAGCCGUGCGACCUGUUGGGAUAUGGGAGUCUCCCAAUUCGGGAUCAAUGAGGAGGCAAUCAACACCGGAUCACGUGAGGUUGGAACAGUUGCCCUAUAUGCAAAUGAUUUCACCUACUGGAAUAAGGCUCAAUUUCGAAAACCUCCACCCCCUCCCCUGGCGUAG